GCUUUUUGUUCGAUUGACCGACGAAGUUGCUCGAAAAGAAAUCGUCAGUUGCUUUACCUUCCGCUUGGUGAAACCGAAUUUCCGUGAGGUGUGACUCAUUUCACUCGGUUCAUCCACCCUUAGUGUGUGCCAGAGUCAGCUGCCAGAUACAGGAGCACCCGUGGUUCGACAUAAAACCAGUAAAGUGAUGCACAUGUAUCGAGAUCAUGUGCGCCAGAAGACGUUGCAGGAUUGGAAAUUCUGGAUAUUUUCGCACUUGACGGAUCCUCUGGCCGAAUCUUUCAACAACUCCGUUUCAACCGCGUCUUUGGAUGACUUGUUCCGCACUACGUCUUCAUGGGCUGAGCAACAUUGCGCCCUUGUUGCCUUGCGUCCCAGUGUUUUGGCGUCUCUGAGGCAGCUGAGCACAAACACGAGCAUCUUGUCGAAUCCGUUGAAGUUGGCGGAAGAAGCAGCUGAUGCGGUAUCGAAACAGGAGGUGCACGAGGCAUCAAACUCAAGUUAACCGAUGCGUUCCCACAUUGAAGGGGAAGAAGAAGUUACGGAGGAAACCUUUUUUUAUUAUUUCAAGACGCGUUUGAUUAUUUGUUUUUAUUAUAAUUUUUUCCUUCAACGAAAGCACUUGCCAGGAUACAAGAAAGGAUAUAAAAAUCCGUCUGCGUUCAUGUGAACGUUUGUUAACCGCGUUCCUUGAUUGGUGAUGCGAGAGAGCGAGAGUUGGAAGUGCAAUAUGCGGAUGUUGAUUGUAUUCAUGAGUAGUCAUUUGGUUUUUUUUUUCGUAUGAAAGAGGUACCAAAUUUUUUUUUUUACAUUUUAUUCGGGGGUUCGGGGUUUCUUUUGUGAAACGGAAAGGCGGGUGCCAGUGUGUUGCCGGAUUGUGAGAUACCUUUCAUUCGUUGGUUGAUUGCGUG